GGGUUUGAGCGGGGGCCAUUUUGCCCGAGGCUGCCUCCGGGGGAGGCAGCCUGGCAGCUGACUGGAGCUGUUUCUUUUCCUCUUCCGCAUCCGGGGGUCUGGAGGAGAGCUGGAAGGCUGGGCUUCGUCGAACCCUUCGGAGACGGCAAUGGUUCCCUCGAAGAACCUGACGACCCUCCAUGGCUGCUGCUCCUUCAGCGCUGCUCCCGCUGCCGCCGCUUUUAGCCCCUUGUGCCUAUCGCCCCCAGAGCCGCAGUCGCCCUUCCACCCCGGAGACUGAUGUUCGUCGAGGUGGGAGCAUCAUGAGGGGAGAGAAAAGCUACUACUGCCGUGGAGUUUCUGGGGACCAUGGUUCUUGCCCCUCUACGCCUUCGUCGCUGGCUUCAACCCUCUUAUUACCUGCGGAGGCAGUAUCAAGUAGCUGGUCUGGGCCUGGCGGAGGCUUGUCAGGGGGAGAUGAAGAGACCAGGCUCCUUCAGCUCUUGCGCACCGCGCCAGAUCCUUCCGAGGCCUUCCAGGCUUUGCAGGCUGCUUUGCCGCGGCGGGGCGGUCGACUCGGCUUCCCCCGACGCAAAGAAGCUUUGUAUCGGGCCCUGGGCCGAGUGCUCGUGGAAGGAGGUAGUGAUGAGAAACGACUAUGCUUGCAAUUUAUUUUGGACGUUCUCCGGGGACAGGGAGAGGCAGGCCAGCUGGAGGAGGCCUUUAGUUUGGGACUUCUGCCUCAACUAGUUGUCUCCUUACGCGAAGAUGAUCCAGCCCUGCGAAAAGAUGCCCUUCAGAUCCUGCAUAUAUGUCUGAAACGCAGCUCUGGACAGGUGCUGAGAGCGCUUAUUCAACAAGGUCUGGAAAGUACGGAUUCCCAUCUUAUAGCUUCCACUGCACUGCUGCUCCCUAUCUUACUUACUCCCGAGGAUUUGUUGCUCGGCCUGGAUCUCACCGAAGUGAUAAUAGCCCUAGCUAGAAAGCUUGGUGACCAGGAGAUAGAAGAACAAUCGGAAACAGCUUUCUCGGCACUUCAGCAAAUUGGGGAGAGGCUCGGCCAAGAGAGGUUUCACUCCUAUAUCUCUCGCCUGCCGUCUGUCCUGAGGAGACUCUACAAUCGCCGCCUGGAGUCCCAGUUUGGAAGUCAGGUUCCCUAUUAUUUGGAACUCGAAGCCUCUCGAUUCCCUGAAGAGCCUGUCCCCAGUGCGGUGUCUGUUUCCAAUAGCAAUCUUAAAUUUGGGAUUAUUCCUCAGGAACUACAUUCAAGAUUAUUGGAUCAGGAAGACUAUAAGAACCGGACUCAGGCCGUUGAAGAACUAAAACAGGUGCUGGGGAAAUUUAACCCUAGUUCUACCACUCAUUCCAAUCUUGUUGGUUUCAUUAGUUUGUUGUAUAAUUUGUUAGACGAUUCUAAUUUCAAAGUGGUCCAUGGCGCACUUCAGGUUCUGCAUUUACUGGUUGUCCGCCUUGGAGAACAGGUGCAACAGUUCUUGGGACCAGUUAUAACAGCUUCUGUCAAAGUACUGGCAGACAACAAGUUAGUAAUCAAACAAGAAUACAUGAAAAUCUUUCUCAAGCUAAUGAAAGAAGUAAGUCCUCAACAGGUGCUUUGUUUACUCCUAGAACAUCUCAAACAUAAGCAUUCCAGGGUAAGAGAGGAAGUGGUGAACAUUUGCAUCUGCUCCCUUCUGACCUAUCCUAGUGAAGAUUUUGAUUUACCCAAACUGUCUUUUGAUCUUGCCCCAGCUCUUGUAGAUACCAAACGCAGGGUACGCCAAGCAGCUCUAGAAGCUUUUGCUGUGUUGGCAUCAUCCAUGGGCUCAGGUAAAACCAACAUCCUUUUUAAAGCUGUUGAUACUAUUGAAAUGCAAGAUAAUGGAGAUGGAGUGAUGAAUGCUGUGCAGGCUAGAUUGGCUCGAAAAACCCUACCAAGGAUAACAGAAAAAGGAUUUGUGGAAUAUGCAAUACUCAUGCCAUCUUCAGCCCAGAGCAGAUCAAGCCAUUUGGUACGUGGAGCAGAUACAGACUGGCUUUUGGCUGGUAACAGAAAUCAGAGCGCACACUGUCUCUGUGGUGACUCCACGAGGGAUAGCAUGCAAAUGUAUGGAUCUUACAGCCCAACUGUCUGCACCCGGAGGGUACUAAGUGCAGGAAGAGGAAAAAACAAAUUACCAUGGGAAAAUGAGCAGCCCGGAGUCAUGGUAGAAAACCUGACCUCCAGUGCCAAGGAUAUAGAGCAGUUUUCAGCAUAUGAUCUUAUCCCAUCUCCAAAAUUAAAAUCUUCUCAAGGAAUGCCAGUCAGUGAUGAUUUAUGUUUUAGCAGAAAAAGAGUGUCUAGAAACUUACUUCAGAAUAGUCAAGACUUUCACCCAGAUUCUCUUCCUACAUGUGCUACUGGUACAACUGGGACUCAUCAAACAAAUCUUCCUGGGAAUUGUGGACAACUUGGAUUGUCACAUAUACGCGGUAAAACUGGCAGUGUAGAUUCUAACUUAGAGCUCCUAGGAACAACUAGCAGUCAUCAAGAUAAAGUGUGUACUAGCCUAAAUUUUGGCAGUAGGAUGCAGCAUACAUUUGGUACUCAAACAGAGCGCACAUCUUCAUACUGUGGUCCAAAUCCAAGUCCAGGAGCCUUCAUCCUUCCAUCCUAUCCUCUCUCCUCACCUCGAACUAGUCCAAAGCAUGCAUCUCCUCUUACUGUAUCUCCAAAGAAGUCGCAAGAUAAUUCUCUUAAUUUCUCAAAUUCCUGGCCUCUUAAAACCUUUGAAGGACUAUCAAAGCCAAGUCCACAGAAGAAGCUUGUCAACCAAAAAUCAUCUGACCCUACAGGAGAAAAUUCUCAAGAAAAAGCUCCUCCAGUUCAGUUUAUACCUGCCUUAGUAAGAUCACCGUCUUCCAGACGAGGCCUAAAUGGGACAAAGCCUGUUCCCCCUAUACCAAGGGGAAUAAACCUUUUGCCUGACAAAGCUGAUUUAAGCACCAUGGGCCACAGAAAGAAAGAGCCUGAUGAUACUUGGAAGAGUGGAAAAGGUAGUCUCACAGUUGAUCUUUCAGAAUUAAAUUUCAUGGAUAAAGACUUGGAUCAAGAAGAGAUGCAGAGCUCUCUUAGGUCUCUUCGUAAUAGCGCAGCUAAGAAAAGAGCGAAGCUGAGUGGCAGUUCUUCUGAUGUUGAAAGCCCUGAUUCUGCCAUGAAGCUUGAUUGGACCAUGGACUCCCCAUCUCGAUCGUCCUCGCCAAACAUCAGCUCUUACAGUGAAAGUGGAGUUUACAGCCAGGAAUCACUGACUUCUUCUCUGUCUACAACUCCCCAGGGGAAGAGAAUAAUGUCAGACAUAUUUCCAACAUUUGGACCAAAACCUUGUCCAACAAGAUUUUCUUCUGCAAAGAAUAAAAACUCUCAUAUUGGUGAACCAAGCACCAUUGCAGGGAUUACAACAUCCAAUGUAAGCAUAAUUGGUCAACAUAUGAACUAUAGGUUUGAAUGUGGUGACUUUGAAGAUGAUAGGUCACAUGACAUUUCACCUAGUUCAUUUAAAACACAAAAUAAGGAACACCCAAGACAUAAGCAUACAAAAGGAUUUACAAGGUCAUCAUCAAAUGUACAGCAGAUUUCCAGUUUUGACUUCACAUUGACAAAUAUCCAUUCAGAAGAUUCAGUAGUAGUUGUUGGAAAAGGUGUUUUUGGAAAUCCAAAUUCAGCACCAGCAACCUGCAGCCAACCAGUGGUGCCUUCUGUGGAAAAUGGGGAUACUUUUUCAGUUAAAGCAAGUAUUGAACCACCAUCGGGGAUUUAUGGAAGAGCAGUCCAACAAAGUAUUCCAUCUUAUCUUGAUGUUGAAAAUGACAAAGAUACUAAAGUUGCUAUGUCAAAAUCUACAUAUGACAAGAUGAGACAAAAGAGAAAAGAAGAAAAAGAACUUUUUGAUGUUAAAGAUUGUGAAAAGAAAGAACAGAAUCCUUGGGAACGGAUGAAACAUAUAGGAACUGAGAAAACAGCAUCAGAAAGUGAAGCGUCUCCUGAAGUCAUGCCACAGCAUAAAGAAAGAAUGUCUUCUGUCACUCAUAGUCCAGAAAUAAUGGAUUCGCUGGAGCUACGGCCAUUUUCCAAACCUGAAGUAGCACUGACAGAAGCACUGAGGCUUUUAGCUGAUGAGGAUUGGGAGAAGAAAAUUGAGGGACUGAAUUUUAUUAGAUGCUUAGCUGCUUUUCAUUCUGAGAUACUGAACACUAAGUUGCAUGAAGCAAAUUUUGCAGUAGUUCAAGAGGUGAAAAAUUUACGCUCUGGGGUUUCUCGCGCCGCUGUGGUCUGUUUAAGCGAUCUUUUCACUUAUCUGAAAAAGAGCAUGGAUCAAGAACUAGAUACAACGGUCAAAGUGUUGUUGCACAAGGCUGGAGAAUCGAAUACAUUUAUAAGAGAGGAUGUUGACAAAGCAUUGAGAGCUAUGGUUAACAACGUCAGUCCUGCACGUGCAGUCAUUGCUCUCAUCAGUGGAGGGCAAAGCCAUUUGCACAUUGCAGUAAGAAGAUGUACAGCCCAGCACUUAUCAGAUAUAGUAGAAUUUAUGGAACCAGAGCGUAUUUUAACUGGAACAAAAGAUAUGGCUGAACGUUUAUUACCAGCUGCUGCUAAGUUUGCUCAGGAUAGCUCACAAGAAACCAGGUAUUAUGGUCGAAAGAUGCUUUUCCUUAUGAUGUAUCAUCCUAACUUUGAAAGAAUGCUUGAAAAAUAUGUCCCAUCUAAAGAUUUGCCAUAUAUUAAGGAAUCUGUUAAAAACUUACGGCAAAAGGGUUUGGGAGAGAUGCCAUUAGAUCCUCCUUCAGCAAAAGGAAGGCGAUCUCAUACUGGCAGUGUUGGAAGUACAAGAUCAUCAUCUAUUUCUAGAGAUGGCUUCAAUUCAGCUGAAAAAGAGGCAACUGAAGUUCGUGAGGUCGCCAGAAAAUCAGUUCCUCGUAAUUCCUUAGAAAGUGCAGAAUACAUUAAAGUCAUAACAGGUUUAUUAAAUGCAAAAGAUUUUCGUGAUCGUAUUAGUGGAAUUAAGCAACUUUUAUCAGAUGCUGAAAAUAAUCAAGAGCUUAUUAUUGGAAACAUUGUGAAGAUCUUUGAUGCUUUUAAAUCUCGACUUCAUGAUUCCAACAGUAAAGUAAAUCUGGUGGCUCUAGAAUCAAUGCACAAAAUGAUUCCUUUACUUAGAGACAACUUGUCUCCUAUAAUCAACAUGCUGAUUCCAGCAAUAGUGGAUAACAAUCUGAAUUCCAAGAAUCCAGGCAUCUAUGCUGCAGCUACAAAUGUUGUCCACGCUCUGAGUCAGCAUGUAGACAAUUACUUGCUUCUACAGCCAUUUUGCACCAAAGCUCAAUUUUUAAAUGGAAAAGCAAAACAAGAUAUGACAGAAAAGCUUGCUGAUAUUGUUAUGGAACUGUAUCAGAGGAAGCCUCAUGCUACAGAACAGAAAGUGCUGGUUGUUUUAUGGCACCUCUUAGGGAACAUGACACACAGUGGCUCUCUGCCUGGAGCUGGGGGAAAUAUCCGCACGGCCACAGCUAAGUUAUCAAAAGCUCUUUUUGCACAGAUGGGUCAGAAUCUUUUAAAUCAGGCUGCAUCUCAGCCACCACAUAUCAAAAAGAACUUAGAGGAAUUGCUUGAUGUAACAGUUUUAAAUGAAUUAUGAAUCUGUUAUGAAAUAUGGCAUGAUGAAUGAGACAGUUUAUAUGAUGACAAAUGAAAGUUUUUUAAAGCUACAUUUUGAGUGCCUGCACUUCACAUCUAGGAAAUUAAGUCAGUGGCUAUUUUAUUGGCAGCCUAUGAAUACACAUUGGUCCUCUCUCAACCCUAGCACUACACCCACACAUGUAACCGAAUAUUUGUGAAAUCUGAAGCACGUGGACUGAAUCCUACUUUAAUAUUUUUGAGCAAAGUUCUGCUCAUUUUCACUAUUCCAUAGAAACUGCAGCUUGUUGUCCUUUAUGUACAAUUAGAUUUGUAAUUAAAAAUAUACUUUUUAUUAUGUAAUCAUGUUUUGGUAUGUCUUAUUAUUCAGCCUUGUUUUGUGAAGUGGAAGACAAGUCACUGAACUAUGUUAUCACAAACUAAAUUUUAUGUGCUAUUUGUGAAAAACAUGUAUUUCUGAAUCAGUCUGCUAAUAUGAUUAUGCAGUAUUAGCUUGCUAUUGCUGCUGUGUUAAUGUGAUAUGUUUGCUUACCUUUUGGGUUUAAUUUCCUGCAUAAUUGUGAAAUUUAACAAGAUAUAAUAAAGCAUGAUGACCAAAGUUUUAGAAUACAGUAAACAUUUAAAUGCACGUUUAAGAAAACGUGUAGAAUGUAACUUCCCUAUUUUUGUGUGCAAACACUAAAUUUUUAUUUCUGUAUGUCCUGACAUUUAUAAAGGUGUUAUUUUGCUGCCCACUUGUGUAAUUCUCAAAGAUAGUGCCAGGUCUUCUAUAGUUUUUCUCAGAAUUCUUGGGCUUACAAGUACUGUAUGCAUCUUUAAAAAAAAGAAAAGGAAUGUUAUAAAAUAAAAGGAUUUAUUUCUGUAGAUGUGUGACAGAUGUCCUAUUUUUCCAACUUCCAUAUAUGUUAAAAUGGAAAAAAAUACUGUAACAUUGACCUAUCACUUUGGGGAGGGGUCCCGGGGAUCGA